GUUUUGAGUUCAGUUGAAAUUCGACGUUAGGGAGUGGAAAACGAAAAUGGCACAGUGGAAUACAAGGCCAAAUUAUGGAAAUGCUCCACAAUACAACCAAGGAUAUGGACAAGAACCUGCGGGGUAUCACCAAUACCAACAACAACAGCCACAACAAGGCACGCAUCCAUAUCAACAACCACAAGGUUACCAACAACAAAGAGGUGGUUACCAACCUCAGGGAGGUGGCUACCCUCCUCAGAGAAGCGGUUACCCAUCACAAGGUGGUGGCUACCUACCUCAACAAAACUAUCCUCAGGGUUAUGGCUAUCAACAAAAUGCACCAAAACCUCCACCUCCAGGAGUUGAUGCAGUUCUCUGGGGUUGGUUUCAGUCAGUAGACAGGGAUGGAUCAGGCACAAUCUCAGCUGAUGAACUUCAGCAAGCUCUACUGAACAACAACUGGAGUCAUUUUAAUGGAGAAACAUGCAGGCUUAUGAUUGGAAUGUUUGACAAAGAUAGGUCUGGGACAAUAGAUGUGUAUGAAUUUGCUGCUCUUUGGAAGUACAUCCAAGAAUGGAAAGGCUGUUUUGAUCGGUUUGAUCGUGAUCGAUCAGGAACAAUAGACUGCGGCGAACUUCACCAAGCAUUCACAACGUUCGGGUACAGACUGUCGAUGGACUUCUCCAGACUUUGCGUACGAGUGUUUGAUCGCAAUAGCGUCAACUCGAUGAAAUUCGACGACUUUAUUCAAUGCUGCGUCAUGCUUAAGUCAAUGACCGACGCGUUUAAAAAGUACGACACCCAGCAGCGGGGCGUUAUCCACAUCAACUAUGAACAGUUUCUAGAAAUGGUACUGGAUAACACGCUGGCUGGCAUAUAAGACUCAUUUCACGAAAGAACUCUGAACGCUUAGCAUCACCUCUUUCAUGGCGCACGGGAGAUUGUCCUGCAAUCCAAAAUUAUGGAAAUAGUUCGUAUAAUAUAACUAUUUUCAUCUGGUAUAAUUAUACUUAUUUUUAUAUCGCUUAAUGCAAUUGAAAUGACCAUUUGUAACCCUGUAGUUCAAAAUUUUGUACCUUAAGUGACGUAGCUCCAUGCUAAGGACAAAUAUGUCCAAACUAGCCAAGGUUGUAAACCUUUGUUAGAAUAAAGAAAACUCCAACUUUAUUAUCAACGUUGCAUUUAAUUCCACAGACUUUCGGAAAAUUGUUCUGUAAUUUUUUUGCUAGUCAAAGUUUUGUAUGGGACGUAAUUCCUCUCCAAACAUGGUUAAAAAGUACUCGGGGCAUGUGAUGUUAUUUUGCGAGUAAACUGUUGAUAAUUUUACGAAAGAUUCUUUGUAUAAAUGUUAUUAUGUUAAGAAAAAUUGAAAUACCGUCCAAAAGAUUGUCCAAAUGACCCGCAUGCUUUCUCAUAAUUGUGCAAGCUGUUAGGGCUCACUACAAAUAAUACCCCAGAAAGGGAUUUUUAAGUCAUUUCGGGGAAAACUUUGUGCGCACACAAAUAUGCCCAAAGUACCCAUUUAACCAACCGUGUUCAAAAACUAAUUAUUUUGGAGCACAUAACCAGUUCUGAUUUGUUUAUAUUGCCUCGUCAGUUUAUUAUUUUUAGCCAUAGAUAUGUCAAAAUCUAUAAAAAAUUAAGGGGCAAAAAACCAUCAAAGUUGCUAGUAAAUAUCUACAAUCCUGGACAGAGGGUAUUGCAAUUUGACAAAAAAAGUUUAACGUUGACACCUCUGUUUAGGGAUUUCUCUCAAAAGGUUUAUCCAAGAUUGUAGAAUAUAAAAGUUGUUUGAAAAUGCUUUUUAUGGCUCCUUGAAUCAAUGCAGUUAGUUUGAAUGGGUUAGAUUAGUGCAGACGUUUUGAGUAACAACAAAGGGUAAAAUACUGCAGAUAUUUAAGCACAGAUACACAAAUUGUAUUAUUGUACACUAUAUUGUAAUGCUUUCUAAUGUUUGUUAAUUUGGGAUUGGUGGUAAGACUACAAACGGUUUAAUAACUGGAGCUUCAAGGGUAACUAUUAUUUGAAAAUGUUUUUCGUUAUAAUAUAUAUAUUCUUAAUCAAUGUUACAGAAUAAAAGCAUAAAUGCAAUAAAAAAGACGUGCAUUGGUA